ACUAGCCCCCCUCCCCGGCCCGGACUCGCGGUGCUCCUCCGGCCGCAGGGGGGCGCUGUGUCCCGUGCGCGUCACGCCCUCUCGGGGACGCUGUGGCGGCGGCGGCCGUGGCUGUGGGCCGGGAAGCGAGACCAGCGGCUCCCAGAGCCCGAAGCGGAGCUGUCGCCGCCGCCGCCGCCGCCGCCAUGGCUGUAAAGGACCCCACGGCUGUAGAGAGAGCCAACUUGCUGAACAUGGCUAAACUGAGUAUCAAAGGACUGAUUGAGUCGGCUUUGAGCUUUGGCCGCACCUUGGACUCUGACUACCCCCCUUUGCAGCAGUUCUUUGUGGUCAUGGAGCAUUGCCUGAAGCAUGGACUGAAAGUAAGAAAAUCUUUUCUGAGUUACAACAAAACAAUCUGGGGGCCCUUGGAGCUGGUGGAGAAGCUGUACCCAGAAGCAGAGGAGAUAGCAGCCAGUGUCAGAGAUUUGCCUGGCCUUAAGACACCCCUGGGUCGUGCCAGAGCAUGGUUACGAUUGGCCCUCAUGCAAAAGAAAAUGGCUGAUUAUCUGCGCUGCUUAAUUAUUCAGAGAGAUCUCCUAAGUGAAUUCUAUGAAUAUCAUGCCCUAAUGAUGGAAGAAGAAGGAGCAGUUAUCGUUGGGCUUCUCGUAGGUCUGAAUGUGAUAGAUGCUAAUCUAUGUGUAAAGGGAGAAGACUUGGACUCACAAGUUGGGGUAAUUGAUUUUUCUAUGUAUUUAAAGAAUGAAGAAGAUAUUGGAAAUAAAGAAAGGAAUGUUCAAAUUGCCGCCAUUUUGGAUCAGAAGAAUUAUGUUGAAGAAUUAAAUAGACAACUGAACAGCACAGUCAGCAGCCUCCAUUCAAGAGUUGAUUCAUUAGAAAAGUCAAACACUAGACUGAUUGAAGAGUUAGCAAUAGCAAAGAACAAUAUCAUUAAACUCCAAGAAGAAAAUCAUCAGUUACGAAGUGAAAAUAAAUUGAUUUUAAUGAAAACACAACAACAUUUAGAGGUUACCAAAGUAGAUGUGGAGACUGAGCUUCAGACAUACAAACAGUCUCGUCAGGGACUGGAUGAGAUGUACAACGAAGCCCGAAGACAGCUCCGAGAAGAAUCCCAGUUACGACAAGACGUGGAGAAUGAGCUCAUGGUGCAGGUGAGCAUGAAGCAUGAAAUCGAACUUGCCAUGAAGUUGCUGGAAAAAGACAUCCAUGAGAAACAAGACACUCUUAUAGGCCUGCGACAGCAACUGGAAGACGUCAAAGCAAUUAACAUAGAGAUGUAUCAGAAGCUGCAGGGCUCAGAAGAGGGCAUGAAAGAAAAGAAUGAAAUUAUUGGUCGACUGGAAGAUAAGACCAAUAAAAUCACCGCUGCCAUGAAACAACUGGAGCAAAGAUUGCAGCAAGCAGAGAAGGCUCAAAUGGAAGCCAAGAAUGAGGAUGAGAAAUUUGAACAAGAGUGUCUGAGUCAGUCUGACAGUCUACAGAAACAGAUAUCCCAAAAGGAGACACAGCUGGCCCAGUUGGAAACUGAUUUGAAGAUAGAAAAGGAAUGGAGGCAGACUUUGCAAGAGGAUCUUCAGAAGGAGAACGAUGCUCUGUCUCACCUGAGAAAUGAGACUCGACAAAUCAUUAGUCUUAAAAAAGAGUUUCUGAGUCUCCAGAAUGAAAAUCAGCAGUUGAAAAAAAUAUAUCAGGACCAGGAACAAGCCCUUCAAGAACUUGGCAACAAGCUUAGCGAAUCAAAACUGAAAAUAGAAGAUAUAAAAGAAGCCAACAAAGCAUUACAGGGUCAGGUUUGGUUAAAAGAUGAAGAAGCAACACACUGUAAAUUAUGUGAAACAGAAUUCUCGCUUUCUAAAAGAAAGCACCAUUGUAGAAAUUGUGGGGAAAUCUUUUGUAAUGCCUGCUCUGACAACGAACUGCCUUUGCCUUCAUCACCGAAGCCUGUUCGAGUCUGUGAUUCCUGUCAUGCUUUGCUGAUUCAGAGAUGCUCUUCUAACGUGCCCUAAGAUUUGUGUAAAGUGCAUCCUUACUUGGGCUGUUAAGAGUGUGUCUUUCAGAUGUGCACCUCUUUAAGCCGUCUUCACCAUAGUUUCAGAAACUUCUGGCUCAUCCUUGAUAGGCUUCAUGUAUACAUGCUCACAGACCAAAAGUUGUACCCUAUUGAAUCAAACACUACAGAAAUUCUGAUGUAGAUUUAACAGUUGAUUUUAUAUUUUCCAAUGCUUUUAAUUGUCCUCGCAAACAUCAACUUUUCAACAGGCUAUGCACAUUUCUUUUAAUGUUUAUUUAAGUAAGUGAAAAUCACUAGACUUAAUUCAUGAUGAACUGAUAGGGUAACAAAUUUAAUAACCAAGAAAAUGGAGGCCUCUUUAAAGGCCACACAGAUAUAACCACAAAAACAAGAUUUUUGCCUUAUCUCAGAGCUUUCCAAAAUACUGGGUUUGUUAUAUUCUGCCUAAUUGAUUCAAAAGAGUUGCUAUUUUUGAUGGUGCCUGCAAUUCUUUUUAAAUGCACUUUAUAAGCUUCAUAGUUCUCAGAAAAAUACUGUGCAUAAGAAAAAAUCCAUUUUACAAGUGUUUCUAUUUUACAGACCAAUUAUACCAAGAACUGGUAUGUAUCUUUUUCAUCACAAUACAUACUGGCUGUGAACAGUUAACAGUUAUAGCAACAUAUUAGGGUAAAUAGUGUGUUUACUUGCCAACUUCUCAUUCCUCCAAAACAUACGUAGUUUCAAGCUUCCUUCUUCAACCUACCUUUUAAUAACUGCUACUGCCAACCUAAGUUUUUUUGUCCAAGGGGAGGGGAGUAUUGGGGAAGGGUUGGGGAUGUUGCACUAGACUUGUAGGAAGUUAAACACCCAGUUUCACUUUUUUUUUUUACCUCUCUCCCCAAUUGGGAGCAGUUCUUUCCCCAGCCAAAAAUGUCAGGUCUGCAACUUUCUACCUUUGAUUUGCCAGCUCCCCCAACCUUUUUAUAUGAACACAAGAAAACUAACAUUAAGUCACUAUGAGAGGGACAGUGUUAGGGUAAUCUAGAUUCCAGCCAACUUUGACAGCACUUCUGUGAACGAUGUGGAUUGCCCAGAUUGACAUAGAACCAGAACUUAUAGAAGGUUCUCCUGAGGUGCCAUUUCUCCUCUCCCCUGAUUUUUUGUGGGGGGUGGGGAGUGGUGCAGAGGCUUGAUUUUAUUCAGGUAUUGAAGUAAACCCUAAAAAUGCAUUAGCAGGGGCAGCUAGGUGGUGCAGUGGAUAAAGUACUGGCCUUGGAUUCAGGAGGACCUGAGUUCAAAUCCAGCGUCAGAUACUGGACACUUACUAGUUGUGUGACCCUGGGCAAGUCACUUACCCUCAUUGCCCUGCAAAACAAAAAAGAAUUAGCAGUAUUACAUUAAAUACACUUAGGUAUUUUUAAUCCCAAAACUAUUGUAAUCAUGGUGUACGAAGCAGACUAUCAUGAAGCUUAUGCUUAAAAUUUCAGGUCAAAAUACUUUAAUCUGGAAAUUGAGUAUGCAUUUAUACUAAGACAUUCAGUGUAGAAUAAUUUAGAUUGCUGCAUUUAAGAGAGAAUAAAUUGGUAUUUCUAAGGACAGUUUUAAUAAAAUUAUGUAAGAAAUGGGAAGGUUUUCAAAUCCAACCAUCUUUUUCAUAUUUUUAUAUAUAUAUAUAUAUAUACAUAUACAUAUAUAUAUAUAUAUACAUAUAUAUAUAUAUAUAUAAACUACUGCAAAACUUUAUUUUACAUUCUAGACAGUUACUCUUACAUAGCUAAAUUACAGUUUGGUUCACUGGAUCAACCUUUUAAGUGUUAAGAGCUGACCAAGUACUUUGUAAAGUUUGUAGAGCAAUUUACGUUGUCAUUUGCUAUGUCUUUACUGUGGUUCACAAUGAAUUUACUUUGAUGUUAUUGGGAACACUAUUGGGAAAUCAAGAUCAUGACCCCAAAGGACUGAUUCAUUUUGGAAGUCCCGCAGUAGACAGAGGGUUUUCUACUUUUGUUGACCUGAAAAGAGCUGGGAAAAAAAUCCCACAUCUAGUACAGUCUCAAAGGGCAUUUUAAAUGAAGUUGUUUGUGUUUUGUGGAGUUCAGUAACAUCUCCAAAUAUUACUUACAUAGUAAGUUGCUUCAGGUUCAGCAAGUGAAACUUCAGUUGUCUAAGUAUGGUUGUCACAUCAUGACAUUCUGAGAUUUGCCAAAUUUUUGGUACCUUCCAACACAAUUGCUAAAGUAUCUUUUCACAUAAGGUUCAUAAAUAAGGCAACUAAUUCUUAGCUCUUUAUUGCAUGUAUCAUUCUGACCCAGUUAUACAUUUUGGUUUUAAAUAUAUUUGUACUGUGCUUUAAAAGUAUUCUCCCUUGAUGUAAAAUGAACAAAAUAUAAGAUUAAAUAUUUUAGCUAAAUUGCUUGAUCUUCCCUCAUGCUAUGGCAAACAAACACUACAAAUAUCACACUAAUGCUGUCACAAAGACUUUGAAUCUUUGAAUCCACAACUGUUCUAACUUUAUAGUAUUUUUAAUGUGACUUUUUGGGUAAAUGUAAAUAAAGAUAAUACAAAUAGUUUGCUUUAAUGAAACCUUUUCUGUCACUGGAUACUGGGCAACCUUUGUUUAUAUCAUAUAUAUGUUGAUAUCUUUUAUAUAAAAAAAGUUUUAAGAAUAAAUAGCAUAUGGAUGAAGCAAAAAUUUGGAGGUUUGUUUAGGUUUAAACAGUCUGGGUCUUGGAAAAAAAAUAAUUCUUAAUGUAUACAGUUUCUCUAAGAGAAAUAUCUCCUUUUCUAAUCCAAAACAAAUUGAUUAAUGACUUAAGUUUCUUUACCAGAAUGACCCCCAGGGGUUUUUAUCUGUGGCAGUAAAAUAUCUUUAUUUUGAAGAGGUAAAC